AGGAGAAGGACCAGAGACUGUGGACACAGUACAGGAGAUGACCAGAGACUGCGGACACAGUACAGGAGAUGACCAGAGACUGCGGACAGUACAGGAGACGACCAGAGACUGCGGACACAGUACAGGAGACGACCAGAGACUGCGGACACAGUACAGGAGACGACCAGAGACUGCGGACACAGUACAGGAGACGACCAGAGACUGCGGACACAGUACAGGAGACGACCAGAGACUGCGGACACAGUACAGGAGACGACCAGAGACUGCGGACACAGUACAGGAGACGACCAGAGACUGCGGACACAGUACAGGAGACGACCAGAGACUGCGGACACAGUACAGGAGACGACCAGAGACUGCGGACACAGUACAGGAGACGACCAGAGACUGCGGACACAGUACAGGAGACGACCAGAGACUGCGGACACAGUACAGGAGACGACCAGAGACUGCGGACACAGUACAG